AUGUUUUAUACAUUUUUAGGACAUAACAAAGCAAGUGACGAAUAUAAAGAAGACAUUGAAAGAGACACAACUAUUUUUGAGGAUCCCUUCAGAGGUUCAAAAAAUGUAUUGAGCAAGUAUUCCGAAGAAACAAAUUCAAUAAACUUCUAUCAAAAUCAAUCAACAUUAAAAAGUUUGGAACUACGAUAUUCCUUAAAAGGAAGUGUUGGGGAAUCUUUCUUAGACGAAUAUAACAGUAAAACACUAGAGCCUGAAGCUGUUGGAUCCUCAGCUACAACGUUGAAAUAUGAGGAACAAUCUACUAUUUUAAAAGAGAAAACUUUAGAGGCCCAACCUAAAGGAAAAAUAUCCAUACGAGAAACUGGUGAAUUUGGUGCAAAACUUGAUGAAAGUUUCCCAAAGGCUUACAAACCAGCAAUUAUCGAGAAAGGCGUCUAUCAAGUUUGGGAAGAAAAUGGAUACUUUACUCCGAAGAAAAGCAAUGGGGAAAAAUUCUCAAUGGUCCUACCACCUCCUAAUGUUACUGGAACCCUGCAUUUAGGUCAUGCCAUAACUCUCACCAUUCAAGAUGCUCUGGCAAGAUGGCAUCGCAUGGAGGGGAAAGAUGUCCUGUGGGUCCCAGGGCUGGAUCAUGCUGGUAUAGCAACGCAGACAGUUGUUGAAAAAUGGUUAAGAAAACAUAAAAAACUUACACGUGCUGAACUGGGCCGGGACAAAUUCGUAAAAGAAGUGAUGCUUUGGAAGGAGGAGAAGGCAGACGUUAUUUUACAACAGCUUCGUAAAAUGGGUGCCUCGUUGGAUUGGUCGAGAGAAAUAUUUACUAUGGACCAGAGGCACAAUGAUGCAGUAGUAGAAGCGAUAGUACGUCUUUGGAACGCAGGAUUGGUCUAUAGGAAAGAGAAGUUGAUCAACUGGUCGUGCGAUCUUUCGUCUGCGAUAUCUGACAUUGAGGUAGAGCGGUUGGAAAUCACAGGUCCAACACCAGUUUCAGUACCCGGUUACAACAAACCGGUCAUGUUCGGAGAGUUAGUGGAGAUCGUGUACAAAGUCUUCGAGUCUGAUGAGGAGAUUGUGGUAGCCACUACUAGACCGGAGACCAUGUUGGGAGAUGUGGCCGUUGCUGUGCAUCCUGAAGAUAAACGCUACACACACCUGAUUGGACGGACGGUUUGGCAUCCCUUCAGAUGCACCCCCAUCCCCAUAGUGGCAGAUGAGGCGGUGGACAUGAACUUUGGCUCUGGUGCUGUGAAGGUGACUCCCGGCCAUAGUCCUACAGACUGGGAUAUUGCGGAAAGACACAACCUCCCCAAACUGUCCAUCAUCAACAACAACGGUUGUAUCUCUACUGUGGACUGCGGUGACACGUUUGAGGGUAUGAAGAGGUUUGAUGCCAGAGAAGCCGUGAAGAAGGAACUUGCCAAACUAAAGCUCCUGAAGGGUGUUAGCCCUCACAAUAUGCAGGUUCCUAUAUGUAGCAGGUCUGGGGACGUGGUGGAAUACAUGCUGAAACAUCAGUGGUUUAUCUCCUGUAAGACAAUGGCAGAGAAGGCAUCGACAGCUUUGAGGGCUGGACUGCUGCAGAUCGAGCCUCCCAACUAUCACAAUACCUGGUUCACUUUUCUGGAUAACAUCCGAGAUUGGUGUAUCUCCCGGCAGCUGUGGUGGGGUCACCGUAUCCCCAUGUAUCUUGCAACAGCUGGCCAAUCUACUGUGUGGGUGGCGGCCCCGUCACACGCGGAGGCCAUGGCCAAGGCCAAGGCGGAGCUGGGCCAGUGGCCGGACACGGUGGUCCAAGACCCAGACGUCCUCGACACUUGGUUCUCAUCUGCACUGUACCCCUUAUCCGCUCUCGGCUGGCCCAAACAGACAGAAGAUCUGCAGCGCUACUAUCCUCUGAGUCUGAUGGAGACAGGUCAUGACAUUUUGUUUUUCUGGGUCGCAAGAAUGGUCAUGCUAGGAGUCGAGCUAACUGGUGAACUUCCAUUCAAGAAAGUUCUACUCCAUGGAAUCGUCUGUGAUGCGAUGGGAAGGAAGAUGUCUAAAAGUUUGGGAAACGUUGUUCAUCCUGAAGACGUUAUCCAUGGAAAAAGUCUUGAGGAUCUAAGGAUAGCUAUAGUGAACAACCACAAGGCUGGUCUGAUGUCUACCAAAGAGAAGGACAUAGCCCUCCAAGGCCAGCAGAAACUCUUUCCUACAGGCAUUCCUGAAUGUGGCACCGACGCGCUGAGGUUCACUCUUCUGUCACAUAAAACCAAGAAUCACUUGAUCAGCUUUGACGUGAGAGAAUGUGAGACCAACCAUCACUUCAUGAACAAGAUCUGGCAAGCUAGCAGGUUCUCUCUCCACUGGGCUACUAUAUUGGGUGUAGACAGUACCUCUGAGCCACAGACUCCCAGUAUGACGGACAGAUGGAUUCUCAGUCAGCUGGGACACACAGUUGACACAGUAACAGCUGGUCUGAAAUCAGCUGACUUCCACCAGGUCACAGCUGCUAUCAAAGACUUCUUGUAUUACAAACUCUGUGACUAUUAUGUGGAAGCUGCCAAGCCGGUUCUCAAGGAAGGAACUGACUCCGAAGCAGUCAACACUUGUCAAACCCUCGCCUACUGUCUGGACAUAAGCCUGCGUCUGGCUUCUCCCAUCAUGCCUUUCAUCUCAGAACAGCUGUUCAAACACCUGCCAGGCCGACAAGACCAGAGCUGUAUGUUGGCUGCCUUCCCUUCGCAAGACGAGACAGCAAAAUGGAGAGACUCCGAAUUGGACAGAACUGUACAGUUGGGAAUAGACGUUUUGUGUGCAGUACGGACUUUGAAGAGCUCCAAUGGGUUUUAUAAAAAACAUGUUCCAGUGGAAAUAGAGACGAACAAGGCUGAUGAAAUCAACACCCUGAGAAGAUUCAUUGAAGUGUUAGCGAACUGUAGCAUUCAGAUAACGGAGAGAACAGGAGAAGUUCGGAAACAAAUGGUUACCAACACUGUAGACGAUCACAGCCUAGUUCAUAUCAGUCUGACGAACAUGAGUAAGGAGCAGCACGAGGAAUAUUACAAAACACUCAUGAAGAAGGAAGCCAAGAUCAAGAAAGCUCUGGACAAAAUCUAUGCCAGAAAUAAACAAUCAAGCUUAAAGAAAGCCAACAAGGAAAUCCAGGAUAAGAUAGAGGAACAGGUGAGAACGCUCGAGGAAGAAUUGAAUUUGGUGCAAGCUUAUAUGGAAGCUAAUAAACCAACUUAGUGUACGUCUUAUGAUUAAUGUAAAAAUAAAUAUGUAUAUAGGUA